ACAUUGAGAAAUGACAUUCAUCGAACUUUAAAAUCCCUACUUUUUGACAGUCGAAGGGUUGAACUUGGCAGAGCAGUGGGGCCCUACUUCUAAUUUCAUCUCUAACACUCUUAUAAUCAUAAAAAGAACGCAAUAAUGGCUACAAAUAAUCUCUCGAUGCUUGUCCGCUCCUUCAGUACCAGUAAUAUCGCAAGUCAGAUGGUCAAGCCUCCUGUCCAAGUAUUUGGCAUUGACGGACGUUAUGCUACCGCUUUGUAUUCGGCUGCUAGCAAGCAAAAAGCUCUUGAGUCUUGUGAAAAAGACCUUGUAAAGUUUCAAUCAGCUGUUAAGGCUGACUCCAAAUUGAAUGAAUACAUCAAAAACCCUACAAUUAAACGCGGGUUGAAAUCCGAGGCUUUGAAACAAAUUGCCUCAAAAAUAUCUCUCAACUCACAGACCUCCAAUCUUUUGCAAACUCUUGCUGAUAAUGGACGUUUAAAGAACCUUGAUGGGGUGAUUAAUGCUUUCAAGAUUAUGAUGUCGGCUCACCGUGGAGAGGUGAUUUGUGAAGUUAUCACUGCCAAGGAUUUAGAUUCUGCACAAAAAUCCAAGUUGGAGUCUGUCUUAAAGUCGUUUGUUAAGUCAAACGAGUCGAUUCAGUUGAGUACCAAAGUUGAUCCCUCCAUUAUUGGCGGUAUGAUUGUCAGCAUUGGUGAUAAAUACGUCGAUAUGAGCGUCGCUAGCAAAAUUAAGAAGUACACAGAACUUAUCAGCACUCCUGUUUAAAUUAAUCAUUUACGAUUAUAGCAGUUGCAUAGUUCACCAAUAAACGUCUUUAAUUUCA